GGGGGUCUCUGGCGCUGACUUUCUAUCCUGGCUUGGAAGCUGAGUGGCGGCGUCGUCUCCUCUCAUCGUCCGCGGCCGCCUGGGACGGAUCUGCGUCAUUCAGCCACCGCACCUCUACUCUGAUAACUUCCAUCCCAGCUCUUUUGUCAUUGAUUUAACUGCCAUGUUUGAUCACAUUCUCCAUUUUGAUUGUUUUUUCCUUUUGAUUAUUAUUAUUAUUAUUAUUAUUGCUUGUCACCACUAACGCUGUCUGAUCAUUGCAUUUCACGAUCCCGUGUGCCGCUGCUUUGGAUUUUUCCGAACCGGACUCAAACAAAGGGGAUUUAUUUGUGCAUGUAUGUUCUCUGCGAGGAAUGUAUAAGGACGGAGAAUAUUCCCUGUGAAUCAACUACCGCUAUGCGCCUUUGCUUGGCGGCGCACGUCUGCCUCCUGUGCGUCUUGUUGGUCUGCACAGAAUAAGAAGAAACACCACUUUAUUAGGAUACAAAGGGAAGACGACACUUUUUCCUUCUUGAACACACUUUUUGGGGACAAACAUUUAUUUAUUUUUCUAUAAGUCAUGGGGAAGUCGAUGUGGAGUUAUUAUUUUGGAGUUCUCUUUAUUACCUUCAGAGCGGACUUUUGUCGAGCGCUCAUCUUGGAGUCCAUCUAUUGGAACACAACAAACACCAAAUUCGUGCCGGGUCAAGGUGUGGUACUGUACCCCCAGAUUGGUGACAAAUUGGACAUUGUGUGCCCGCGCGUGGACGGCGGGGUGGGCGACGGAGUGGAGUUUUACAAGGUGUACAUGGUGCCCAGGGAGCAGCUGGAAAGCUGCACCAUUACCAAGGCUGACACACCGCUCCUCAACUGUGUCAAGCCUGACCAGGACGUCAAGUUCACCCUCAAGUUUCAGGAGUUUAGUCCCAACCUGUGGGGCUUGGAGUUCUUUCGGGGAAAAGACUAUUACAUCAUCUCUACUUCAAAUGGCACAAUGGAGGGUAUCGACAACCAGGAGGGCGGAGUCUGCAAGACCAAGUCUAUGAAGAUGAUCAUGAAAGUAGGACAAAACCCGUCAGACCCUGUUUCACCCAAAGACAACCCCACCAAGGUCCCCAACUCUCCAAAACACCCAGACAGCAAGGACACCCACAAAACAAAUGAAGUGCUGGAGAAGCCAGGUGUAGCGUCCAGAGAAAGUGAACAAAACAACACAGGUGGAAAGUCAUCCAAUAUCAUCGGUUCCGGGGUGGCCAUCUUUGUCAGCAUUGCCUCCGGCAGUGUCAUCUUCAUCAUCAUCAUCAUCAUGCUGGUCCUCCUGCUGCUCAAGUACCGGCGGCGUCACCGCAAGCACUCGCCACAGCAUGCGGCUACGCUGUCUCUGAGUACUCUGGCCACGCCCAAGCGAAGUGGCGGUGGCGGGAACAAUAAUGGCUCAGAGCCCAGCGACAUCAUCAUCCCGCUCAGGACUGCUGACAGCGUCUUCUGCCCCCACUAUGAGAAGGUCAGUGGCGAUUAUGGCCACCCAGUCUACAUAGUCCAAGAGAUGCCACCGCAGAGCCCCGCCAACAUCUAUUACAAAGUCUGAGGGAACUCUGAAAGCAAGAGACAUACAAUCCCAGGGAAAAGAGGGCCAGUUUUUGGCUUCAGCUGCCACCAUGGCUGCAAACAAACUCCCUCGCUCUUUCUCUCUCGUUCUGCCAACUCCACCCCUCUAUGUUGUCGAUAUUUUCUUCGUUAAAGGUUGCUUAUACCAACUUCCUCUGGUAUUUUCACACUCUGGCUGGGAUUGGCAGAUGUUGGAGAAACUGCUGCUGUUGCCACUGUUGCGACUUCCCAGGACUUUUGGGGGUGGAGGCUAAUCUUGCUCCCUUUCUGGUUUGUGUACAUGUGGCCGGUAUGUUAAGGGAGCUUAAGUAAUGUGAGAUCAAAGAGUUUAGAGGUAUGCAAGUGUUUACCCCCCACCCCCGUGCUUGGAUGGGACGGAAAUAUGGCUGUCAGGAUGCGAAGAAGUCCUUUACAAGAGGGGAGGCAUGUUUGUCUUCACCGUCAGAGAGACUACUGUCUCAAAAUGAGCUGGAAAGAUGCAAAGAUUUGAGUCGGGAGGAAAGGUAACAGGUUGUCAGAUGACCAUCUUGGCAUGGAUCAUGUGGUAGAGUGCUCGUCUCCCUGUCUGAAGGUUCUGGGUUUGAUCCUCUGUCCUCUCCGUGACCAGUCAAAGUAUCCUUGAUCGCUGCAUCAUCAGCAGGUGAAUGGGGUGACAGUGUCAAAGCACUUUGAAUACCUCCCAGGUAUGAAAGCGCUAGAGAAGUGAAAGCCCAUUUACCUUGAACCAAAACGGCUGCUCUCCCUUGAUCUUCACUGGCUGCAGAGACUACUUGGAUGUCCCAGGUGAACAAGGAAAAGGGAUCAGCUCUUGCACCAGUCCUCUCCAGGACUUUGACUGACUCACACACAUCACCACCACCACUUUGUCAAGUGUUUGGCUUUUAGUGUGGGUGACACUGUUUCUCCUGUUGCUACAUGCCUGUUACUUGAAGGUUGUUUUUUUUUUUUAAAGAGAAAUGCAUCCCACCUUGUGUCAAAAUGUACAGAGUGUCCACAAAGUCUCUUUACAAUUAAAACAUGUGUUACAACAGCAAGCGAUGAGAUAUGUUAAUCAAAUUUGUUCCGUGUACUCAGCGGUUAUCAGAGAUUUUAAUCACACUGCAUGACUGCGUGAUCAUGCAUAGUCAAGAUUGGAAUGAUGGCCCCUUUGGACCUCUGGAUCAUUCAUCAGACAGGACUCCUCUGGACUUCUUUUUAUGGGUUAACGCUAAAGAUACAGAGUAUUGAACAAAGAUACGGGACACCAACGUCCUAAAGCCAAAGAUCACUGAUGCCAUUGCCACCAUGGAUGAGGUGAUGCUACAGGGGACAUGGCAAGAAAUUGGGUACCUAAACUAAGUUUGAUUUAUUACUUCUGCGUAGUUACGCAGUCAUGAACCUUUGGAAGUUACAAUCAUCUGUCUAAACACGAGGGGCAAUGCUUUCCAGUGAGACAACUCAGUGAGCUACCUGGGCACUCGUCGGCUACUUAGCUUGUUAGCUCGCAUUGUCGUGAGUGAACAAUGGUGGUGAAAAGAAAGACGGAAAGUGUUAUUGGAGCUGAACAUAAUCGAUGGCUUACAACAGACACUUUUAUUGCACAUGUUGAUCCGAAUUGGGAGAAGUCGUUCGCAAAGGUGGGGUUUACACCCUCCGAACAAGUCGAAUACACACAGGAAAUAAUUUACUAUAAGCCCACCGGUCACAGCCUUGAUGGUCCACAUCUUUUGGGUAGAUGCGCAGCAAGCUACACCAAAAAGUUUGGAGGGGGAGGAGUGAGUCGGCGUGGCUUAAAUAAGGCCAGAAAACUUCAAAAUCCACUCCUCAUUUUGAUUUAUCUAUUCAUGAGUUUUUUUGUAAUAAAUGUGUUACAUUGUAAAGAGACUUUAGGACACUCUGUGUUGCAUUUGUUCUGACGUGUAGUUUAUGGAGGUUUAGUUAAUCCCAUACAGGCACGUCACUUUCUCUGUAACAUUCAAACACAAGUGGAGUCACGAAGUUCACGUUUUUCAAAAGAACAUGUCGGAGGAGUGGACGACUUCAUAAACAUAGAGCAGCACUUUUAACCCCAUUUUGGUACCUCUUCACAGCAGUCCGCAGACAGACCACGAUAAGGAGAGAUGCUCUAUCCUGACAGUCUCUUAGAAACCAGAGGCGGGAAAGCGUUAAGGGCAAUAAGAAAUCCAGUUUGCCUUAACAGUUUGGGUUUUUUUUGCAUCAUGUGAAGAUAGGCUGAGAUACGGUUGAGGUUAGCAAAGCUGCGUGAAACAGCUCUAGGUACUGUAACGUUUGCCCUAGGGAUCCAAGAGCCCAAAUAAGCAUGACCCACGCUCACCUGUUUUUUAGACAUGCUCUUACGCUAUGUCCACACAAACACAGUUAUAAAAACAACAACUACAACAAAAUGGAUAUUUUUCCAUGCAUUUUGGUCAUUCGUCCACAUGCAAAUGUACGUGUUUGUCCGUAAUAAUUGAGCUUUUGGAAAAACUGGCUAAGAUGACGUUUUUUCACGCGUACGGACAGAGCUUUUUGGCUUGCGUCAUAAGAAAUGUGCGACAUGAGCCCGUGUGUUUUAACAAUAGAACAUGCGUGAUUAACCUCUUUUGAGAGUCUGACAGCCUUGCUAGAAAAAGACAUUUCCAAAAUAAAGGACAUUUGUCUCUGCAUGUACGAGGUCUAAAGGGAUGACGUUGGUGUGAACGUAAAGGGGAGGCUUUGAUGGUUCCUGUUGAUGUGGAAAUGGACAUAUUUUUGCUACUGGGUAAGAGUGAAUAAAGUAGCUUGUUCAGUGAAUUUUAGCGUGAGAGGAAGGAUACUUGUAGCGUUGGAAGGGCUAAGUGUUAGCUUUUGAUUGGUGCUAAGUUUGUGGCGUUAGUGUUUUGAUUUCUGAGGUUAUUCAUAACAUAUGCUGGUCUUAGACAGCUUGCUUAGUUUCCACAUUUGUCCAUUCAAACCACUUGCUUGUGGUUUGAAUUGUCUUCUGUUUUCCUAAAAUUGGUUUGGUUGCGCUUUUUAGCUGGCGUUCAUCCAGUUACGUUGAUGUAUGGCAUGUGUAUGGAUUGAUACAAGCGUCACGUAGCAGUUAGCAUCGCAACACAAAUGCAACCACGAAGCCCUCAGUUAUUGACUUAUGGUCACUGAUUUUAUUUUAUGCAGCAGUAGACGCACUUGCGUGAUUGUAACACAUGGGAGCGAUUAAAAAAAACAUUCACGUUUCCUGGGUGUUAUGUGCGACCACACUUUUUCAGGCCUCUGAUUGGCCAAAAUACUCAUGACAGCCGGUGAAGGUGUUUUUAUCUGGUAUGGUAAAACUGGUUGGGGGAAAUGUACGUUUUUGAAAAUAUCCGUGUUGGUGUGGACAUGGCCUUAAAUUGUCAGUGUUGUUCCAUCUCCAUCAUCAUUUUACAUGUUUUGGGUUUUGUAAUUUGACUAAGUUGAUGUACAUUUUACAGACAAAUGAGAAUUUAUUUAUAAUAGACACUACAGCACAGAUGUUGGCACGGACAAGAGGGUAAUAUUUAUACAUAGAUUAUGGUAUCAGCGCACAUUAUGCAACCUAGAUGUUUUAUUAUUUGAUAUAUUCUCCAGUCCUGUGAUUUCACAAGCUCUCCAGAGGAAGCUUGGCCAGGUGGGGCAUCAGGGACCCUUGGCUCUUCUAGAGCAGAGUAGCUGUGUCUCCCCAUCUCGCUCAGUGUAGCAGUUCCCAAAGCAUACGUCAUACUGAUUCUCUUCACACACACACACCCUUCAUGUGACCUGUGCAUGUGCGUAUGUGUGUGACUAUUCGGGUUGAUAUUUCAGUCAUUUCACAUGAAUAUCGAGCUUUGUUUUGGCUGCUGUGAGUGUAUGCCACCUCAUGUGCUCAUUUCCUCAUAAACAACAUCCAAUUUCACCCAAAAGCCAAGCCUAGUAUAAUGAGGUUUGUGCCUCUAAGAGGCUACAAAAUCUGCAAAUAUGCAAUUGUUAUUUAUUUUUUUAAUCAAUUCUGAUAUAAAAAAAAAACUUAUGGAAAGUGUUCUUAACCACUGAAAGAUGUUUCAAAUGACACAAUACAAACAAAGUAUGUCAAAACAGGCCUGUUGUUAGCUUUAUUCUCCCCCAUGAUUGAUAGCAUUAUUUUAACCCAUAAGAACCCACAACCCGUUAAAUGUGCUAAAAGGGGCCCUAAAGCUCCCUAAGUGAAGUACAGGAAACAUUUUGGAGUGGUUGCCAUGUGACAGUCAUGUGACUUCCCAGGAUAUGGUUCACCCAAAAUGUCAAGUAAGCUAGCUCAUUUUCAAAAGUGUGUUUUUUUUGCCAUUAGAGCUCAUUUGAAAGCAAUUUAACAAUCAUAAUGCUUUAAUAGGGUAUCAGAUAUUACAAUUCAACUGCUCUCAGUAUAUUUCUUCAAUGAAGUCAUAUAAAACAAGCUAUGAAAAUAUCGCUCUCAGGCUUUUAGCCUUAAAACUGCUAUGGACAGCCUAAUGUGACGUAUUCGUCACAAAAGAAAAAUGCUGAGACACUCAAUAAAUAUCACGUUCAGUCAUUUUCAAUGAAUAUACAGGUAUGUUCUUUUGCUUUGCUUCAAAGUACAUUUGUGGUACGAAGUACAAAAAGGUAACAUAAACGUCAGAUUUAACGUCGCACAUCUUUUACUUUAAUUCAUAGUAUUUUUGAAAAAAGAGUCAAACAUCCCCUAUAACUUUCCUUGAAGCAGAAAUGGGUCUGGUUUCUUAUGGGUUAAAUUUUGCGGUUUUGCAGUGGUGCGAAAGGCUAGCUUUGAAAAUUGUAACCAUUUAAAAUGUCUGACAGACAACUGGUAUUGAUAAAAGCAGAGAAAACCACGCUCAUAUAACAAAGGGUUUUGUUGCUGUAUAACCGCAGCAGAAUAUGACAAUCUUAUUUGUUUCUUUGAAUCUGGCAUCUCUUCUUUCGCUGUCACUUGACUAACACUCUCCCAACAUUGACCACAUUUGGGUUAAUGUUGUGUGAAACAUUGUUGACAGGCCGUGAGAGUCUUAGCAAGCGGGCGAGAAAAAGGCACGUCAGGUUCCUGUAAAAAAAAAAAAAAAAAGCCUUGCUCGUAUGGUCAGCCCUUGGUCACUCGACACAGUAAUUUUGCACCAUUCUUCUGUUGGUAAUAAACUGUAAAUACAUUCAUGUUUGUAUUGUAUAUGGACCCUGGGUUGUUACAAUAGCCUUAUUCACAUUUUUAGGAAAUUAAAUGGAAAAAUGAAAAAAAUGGAAUACACUUCAGUGAGACAGAGCAUACUACUUUUUUGGUAAAUAGCUUGUAAAUAUUAAUGAGAACACAAUAAAACAUUUUUAUAAACUCUUAAAAGUCAAAUGUUUUGUAUAAAAUUUGAAUUUUUUGCUAUGUAUUUUAGCUAGUGCUCAAUGGAAAGCCAGUGUACUCCCCACUUCCUUCCCUUUUGCACUGUUUCCAUGGUAAUUUGGUUUUAAAAAAAUAAGCAAAAAUUUGCCAAACUGACUGCUGCAUAUUUGUGCCAUAAGUGUGUACCAUAAAUAUUUAUUGAAUUAGUUUCUUUUUGGAUCCAUUUUUGAUUUAAUUUCAGUCCAGUUUGUAAGUAACACAGUAUUAUUAUUUGCAUUGUUGUUGUUUUCUUCCUUCUUUUUUCCCCCUCUUUUCUGUCCUGUCAUGUUUACUGGGUGGCUGUUGUCCCGUCCUGUCAAGAAUGAGUUGGACAGGUUGUGAAAGAUGGAUUCACCGUUCAAAAUCUGAAACAAGUUCAAAGUGAGGAUAUACUGUAUAACACACAUUCCACUAGUCUGUUACAAACUGAAAACUUUUUUUUCAAUAAAAUGUUUUUCCUAUGGA